AUUUGUCUCCAGCUGUCUGGCCAGUCCCGUGCCGCGCCAUAUAUCACGCCAUAAAGUAGUGGGGGAAGGUGUGGUAAGUGACAUCCGUAUUAUCCCAACUGGAAAUUGUUAGUAUUGGCUCAAUCGUCGGAAGAUGUGCACAGAUUACUGAUAGGUUAAGCAGGAACUGGGUCCGACAAGUAAAAAAGUGUCUUGGAAACUUGUCUCUUGUCAGUACCGUGUUCACAGGUCUAUCUACUAGUCUAUAGCAGGGUGUAAGAUGUCUGGACAUAGGAAAAUAUCUGAUGAAGAAAGAAAGCGUAUUAAAUGUGACCGGGAACGAGAACGGAGGCGUAAAAUAAGAGAAGAUCCGGAAAAACGUGAGGAGCAGCGGGAAAAAGAGCAUCAGAAAUACUUGCGUCAACGAAAGAAUAAACAAAGGAAGCUUGUUUCGGAAAUGACAGAAAGAGAAAUUAGAUCGCAACGCAAGAAAUGGAGACAAUAUACAAAGUCUCACCGAGAUCGAUUAAGACUAAGAUCAUCCGAAAACGCACAUGUGCCAGAUCAUUUAACGAAACAGUUAGAUGGAAGAAAGGAACAUGCAAUAAAGAAAAGUAAUAGAAUGAAACUUAAGCGACAUCGAGAAAAAAGAAAAAAUGAAGCUAAAAUAGCAGACCUUAAAAAAAAGUUGGAAAGUGGAAGAAAAAGUAUUCUCGCCUAAAGAAGUCAAUGCAUCAAAAUAAAAAUGUUGCUCAACAAACUAGUUCCCCAUCAGUUUGACCUGGAACUAGAGUACAACAGAUCAUAGAAAGGUCUUCAAUACAGCAAAAAAGAGUAGAUGAAAUUAAAAAACAACUUAUUUUUGGGGAGACCAUCAAGGACCA